CCGGCCGCCCCCGGGGCCCCCUCCCGGCCCGCCCUCCGGCCGCGUCCCCGCCGGCCCUGCCGACGUGGCGGGGCGGAACCCGCCGGGCGCUCUCGCGCGCACUCGGCAGCCGGAGUGAUAUUAAAAUGUCUGACGAUGCUGGUGACACCUCAGCCAUUAGAGACAAAGCAGAAAUUGCCAAGAUGCCCGAGAGUGAGUUUUCACCCAAAGACACAGAAGCGCGCUGUGAUUCAGCUAUGAUUUCAAAUGAGCCAACAGCAGCUGAUGCCAGAGGAGAUGGGCAUGAAAAUGCCACCGUCCAGGGUGCAGAGACUACUGACACUGGGCAUCUUGAGCAGCCCCAACACACCAGUGCCACGGAGCCCCCCCUCAAUGGAGAAGUGACUGAGGAUGCACUUGCUGAAUGCAUUGACUCCGUCAGCCUCGAGGCAGAACUUGGAUCUGAAAUACCCCUGAAAGAACAGACUAAUCCGGUUGUGGAUUUGCCUUCCGGUGGAGGGGGAUGGGCAGGCUGGGGCUCCUGGGGCAAAUCUCUGCUCUCAUCAGCAUCUGCUACAGUAGGCCAUGGAUUGACAGCAGUCAAGGAAAAAGCAGGGGCCACCCUGCGGAUUCAUAGUGUAAAUUCCAGCUCUCCCGAAGGGGCCCAACCUGAUGCUGAAAAUGGAGUGCCUCAGACAGAUGUGGCCACAGAUCAGAGCCCUGCAGAAAGCCCACCCACUUCUCCUGCAUCUGGGUCUCGGGGCAUGCUGUCAACCAUCACCAACGUCGUUCAAAACACAGGUAAAAGUGUCUUAACGGGUGGUCUUGAUGCUCUGGAAUUCAUCGGUAAGAAAACCAUGAAUGUCCUUGCAGAGAGUGACCCAGGCUUUAAGCGGACCAAGACACUCAUGGAGAGAACCGUUUCCUUAUCACAGAUGUUAAGGGAAGCCAAGGAGAAAGAGAAGGAGAGACUGGCCCAGCAGCUGACGGCCGAGAGGACUGCCCACUAUGGGAUGCUGUUUGAUGAAUAUCAAGGUUUGUCGCACCUGGAAGCUCUGGAAAUUCUUUCCAAUGAAAGUGAAAGCAAGGUUCAGUCAUUUUUAGCAUCACUCGAUGGAGAGAAGCUGGAACUCUUAAAAAACGACCUAAUUUCCAUUAAAGACAUCUUUGCAGCCAAAGAAUUCGAGAAUGAAGAGAAUCAAGAAGAACAAGCCUUAGAAGAAAAGGGAGAAGAAUUUGCUAGCAUGCUUACGGAACUUCUCUUUGAAUUACAUGUUGCAGCCACGCCUGACAAACUCAAUAAGGCCAUGAAGAAAGCUUAUGACUGGGUAGAAGAAGAUCAGACUACAGUGUCCAUAAAUAUGGUGGAAGAGUUGGAGGAGAACACUACAGAGGAAGAAAAGGAAGAGAAAUCAGAAAAUCCCGAAGAAGACAAAAAGGAAGAAAGGAGAACUAAGACAGUUGAGGACGUAUAUAUGCUGUCCAUCGAAAGUCUGGCAGAAGUAACAGCACGCUGUAUCGAGCAGCUUCACAAAGUAGCAGAAUUAAUUCUUCAUGGGCAAGAAGAGGAAAAACCAGCUCAGGACCAAGCAAGAGUUCUGAUAAAAUUAACUACUGCGAUGUGUAAAGAAGUGGCCUCCUUAUCAAAGAAGUUUACGACUUCUUUAACCACUGUUGGGAGCGACAAGAAGGCUGAGGUCCUUAACCCCAUGAUCAAUAGUGUCUUGUUAGAGGGCUGCAACAGCACCACGUACAUCCAGGACGCCCUCCAGCUGCUGCUGCCUGUGCUGCAGGUUUCACGUAUCCGGACGGGUUGUUCAGAAGCUCAGCCGGAACCUGGCCAGACUCCGUCUGGUUAAAGAGGAGCGCAGGCCACAUUGCUUUGCUAAUACCAUUUCCGGGGAUGUUUUCUACGCAUCUGGCCCCAGACGCCCCUUGGAGGACUCUACAGGCAAUUUUGCACGAACAGUCUGGAGAAUGCAAGUUGAGAGAGAGUAUCCUGUCUCUUAAUGUAUAUGGGGGUUUUACAAAUAGUUGUGUUUUCUUUAUGUUAAUUUAAAUUGACAUGGCUUUAUACUGAUAAUUGCCUUUCAUUUGAAGUUCAUUCACCAAUAUUCAUUUCCAUUUUCCUGGCCAAGCAUGCUAUAUUUAGAAAUUCAUGGGCAGAUCCGAGACUUUUUUUUAAUCCUUUAAUUUCCCACCUUUAAGUUCCCAUUCUUUAUAGUAUUACUUUAAGUCAAUUCUUAUACUGAACUUGGUUUUGUUAUAUAAAUAUCAUAGGCAAAGAUAACACUACUUAUAGAUAGUACCUAUUAUGGUAAAAGAGAAACGUAAGUAUUUCUUUAUAGUAACUCAUUCUGAAAAGAAGCUUUCAUCGAGCUUCUAGUGCGUGCUCACAAUAAAGGAACAUGAUCUCAACCCAGUAAAGACAGUAGUCAUUCUAAGUAAUCUCUACACCCAACGGGGGGCUCAAACUCACAACCCUGCUAUCAAGAGUUGUACGCUCUACCAACUGAGCCAGCCAGGUGCCCCUAGACAAAUACUCCAGAAGAUGGUUUAGAAUAAUUCUUAAAAUGCUUAAAAAUACUAAUAAAUUUUCUAAACCUUAAAAAAUUUGAAGAGCAAGGUAAACUAGUGGUUUUGUUUUUUUUUUUUAAUGUUCUGCCCUUCAAUGUAUUAUUGUAUUUUUCAACACGCCCUGGACUUUUUGACCCCAAACUUUAUAUAUGGGGUGAAAAUAUAUAUGAAAAAGGGGUACUGAAGAGAAUCCAGUUUAAACUUGACUCAUUAUGACCAUAAGUACAUGAUCGCAUAAUUACAAAGCUUGGAGACAUUCAAAUAGAAAAUUAAAGGGAUCUUAACACAGCAGACCCCCCGACUACAUCUUUCAAUCUGAGGCAAGAUAUUCUAUAAAUUCACAGAUCACACUCACUGAUGGUAAAUCCCAUCAUUAAUUCUAAAGGGCAGAAAAUACUGAUGUGUGGGUUGACUGACUGGUAUAUUGAUCCAUGAGAGGCUGUCGAGGAGCCUCUGAAACCAAGAGAGGCACUGACAGUGGGUGCUUCUCAUGAGCUCGCUAAGUUCAUUCGUUCAUUCCGGGUGGGGGUUCAUAUCCAGCUCCUAUUUCAGAGCCCCUUCUGCAUCCCUACAAGCCUCAUCACAAGAUAUCUUGCCCCAUGGCUCUCUCCAAGGCAAAUGAAGCAUGUACUUUUGUAAGGGUAAAAAUCCUUCCUUGACAUUUGCUUUUAUUCCUCUGAUGGAGUAGACUGUCGUUAUCCGAUCCAGGUAAAGUGGGACCAUUUUAAUAUUGCCCUGUAUCUUGUUAGCAUUUUAUUCAUCUGCAUCCUGUAUUUCAUUUGUGUAGCUCCUGAAACAACCAAAUAGAAAACAUAAGAACAAUGAUUUACAAUCUGGAAAAGAAUUCUCUGAGGAAUCAAUUAAAGAUGCUCUUUUUUCCUCUC